CCCCUCCUCCCGCCUGUCCGGCGGCCCAGCGCGUCCUCCUUCGCCGCCUGCCUGGGUCGAGAGGCAUCGAGCGGCCCCCCCACUCGGCACACGGGGGCUGGGGCGCUCGGCGCGAGCCGGCGGGAGGCUGCCGGGGCGCCGGGACGUGCUGGGGCCUCUGUCGGCGGAGGAGACUGGCCCGGGCUCGGCCGCCAGCGCUCGGGGCCGGAGGAUUGGGGGGCUCGGGAGGGUGGGCGUGUCGGGUCUGGGAGGGCGCGGGCAGCGAGAACCCUCCUGAGCCCCGCAUAGCCGGUUCGGCACGGGCGUUCCCUUCCUCCCUUUGCCCGGUGGUCUCGGGGGCUCGCGUGGUGGAGACGUGCCCUUUGCGUGGGUCCAGGUGCCCUUUCUGCUGCGGGGCACCCCGGGGGAAGAAUGUCCGAGUCACGGGAUCCGCCGCUGGUCCUCGUGGGCAGAGUGCCUGGUAGGACCACGGUGGCAGACGCGGGCAAGACCCGCUGCCCUCGGUGCAUGCGCCUUUUCAAAGCCCCGAGGCUCUUGCCUUGCUUGCACACCGUUUGCACCCAGUGUCUGGAGCAGCUGGAACCUUUCUCCGUAGUGGACGUCCGAGGGGGAGACUCCGGUUGGGUCUCGGAGGGGUCUGUCUCCCAGGAGCUCAGGCCGCUAGGUCUGUCGCAGCGGCACGUCGGCAUCCUCUGCCCGGUAUGUGAUGCACAGGUGGACCUGCCCACAGGUGGCGUGAAGGCUUUGACCAUAGACCACUUGGCCGUGAAUGAUGCGAUGCUGGAGAGUCUGCGUGGGGAAGGCCAGGGCCUGGUGUGUGACCUGUGCAGCGACAGGGAGGUGGAGAAGAGAUGUUAUACCUGCAAAGCCAAUCUCUGCCACUUCUGCAGCCAGGCACAUAGGCGGCAGAAGAAGACGACUCACCAUACCAUGGUAGAUCUAAAAGACUUGAAAGGCGACAGCCGGGUGGGGAGGCCCAUUCUGUGUCCUUCUCACCCUGCGGAGGAGCUGAAGCUGUUCUGUGAACUUUGCGACAGGCCCGUGUGCCGGGACUGUGUGGUGGAUGAGCACCGGGAACACCCCUACGACUUCACCAGCAACGUCAUCCACAAGCACGGGGAGUCAGUGCGGGACCUCCUUAAGGGCACCCACCCCCACGUGGAAGCCCUGGAGGAAGCACUGGCACAGAUCAAAGGGUCCAGUAGUGCCCUACAGGAGCGAGUGGAGGCCGUGGCAGCUGAUAUCCGGGCAUUUUCCGAGGGCUACAUCAAAGCCAUCGGGGAGCACCGGGACAGGCUGCUGAAGCAGCUGGAAGACAUUCGCAGCCAGAAGGAAAACUCCCUGCAGCUACAGAAGGCACAGCUGGAGCAGCUGCUGGCAGAUAUGCGGACAGGUGUGGAGUUUACCGAGCACCUGCUGGCCAGUGGCUCCGACCUAGAGAUCCUCAUCACCAAGGGGGUGGUGGUUGAGCGGCUCACAAAACUGAACCAGAUUGAAUAUAGUGCACAUCCUGGAGUGAACGAUAAGAUCUGCUUCUUUCCGGAGGAGAAAGCUGGCCAGUGUCAUGGGUAUGAGAUGUACGGGAUCAUCAAUACCAGGGAGGUCGAUCCAGCCAAGUGUGUCAUUAUAGGAGAAGAUCUCCACAGAGCCAGGGAGAAGCAGCCAGCCUCUUUCACACUGCUUUGUAAGGAUACGGCAGGUGAAAGCAUGGGCAGGGGUGGAGACAACGUUCAAGUCACAGUAGUCCCUAGGGAUAAGAUAGAAAGCUCCAGUCCAGUCAGAACAAUGGUCCAAGAUAAAAAGGACGGGACAUACUACAUUUCCUACAUCCCCAAGGAGGCCGGCUUAUAUACUGUGCUGGUCCGGGUCAAAGACCAGCACGUGCAGGGUUCACCAUUCACGGUAAACGUGAGGAAGAGGCAGCGCACACACCCCGGAGUCUUCCAUUGCUGCUCCUUCUGCUCCAGUGGCGGCCAGAAGACUGCCCGCUGUGCCUGCGGGGGCACCAUGCCAGGUGGGUACCUAGGUUGUGGUCAUGGACACAGAGGCCACCCAGGCCGUCCCCACUGGUCCUGCUGUGGGAAGUUUAAUGAGAAGGCAGAGUGCACGUGGACAGAUGGGCAGAAUCUGUCAAGAAGUCUGCUGAGAACCGUGGCCCUCUGACCCCGACCUGGGUUUGUAGUCAGUGUGUGAACCAGUAUGAUGCCCACCUAUCAAAGGAUUCCAGACCUUGAUAAAUUCUGAAGAACAGAGAGAAUUAAAAACCAAGUGCCUUCUACCCUGCCGAAUUCAGGUGCUGCUCUUAUGAGUUAGAGAUUGUUCGUGGGGAUGGUUAAGCAGUGAGCUUGGCUGCAUUUCUCUUAGUAGACUGGAAAGUUCUGAAUGUACCAAGGAAGGCUCCGUUCAGUUUGCUACAGAAAUGGAGGUACCUGUGCUAUUGGAACUUAGAGUUCAUGGGAGUAGUUUACCUUCUUCCUUUGUGAUGUACAACUUUUAUUUUUCCCCUUCCCUGAGCUACAUGUUGAGUUAUUUACCUCCAGAGAAUAAAGAUAUCCUUUCACCAUAUCCACUUUAUUUUUCCUAGUACACUUUACAACUAGAGUUUGGUUCAGGACAUGCAAGUGAUAGAGUGAUGGUGUUGAAAUAGAGUCUCAUAAAUUCAUUUCAUGACAGGAU